AUGCGGAGAAUAACCUGGAACGAUGAAGCAGAAUUCAGCAAUGCGAGUAUCCUAAAUAGCAUGGAGAAAUUUGUAAAAGCAGUUAAUGAAAUGGAUGAAACAAUAUUGGUGCCAUCGAGAUUGCUGGAUCUAGCGGUGGGUGAUGCUGGCGAUACGGUAUGUCAAAAGGGAAAAAGCACUAUAAAGGACACAAUGCCCAAUACCGAUCUAUAUCGUCUUUACAAUAUUGUAAACACACUUAAAGUUGAGCUGCUGUGGUCACAAAAGUCCAGUAUUGAGGCUCAGGACGAAGAGACUGAAGAAGAAGAGACAAAUCGUCGACAACUAAUUAAAUCUGGAGUUACUAAUGGAGUUUCUUCACCUCCAGUAUCACCACCAACACCAUCGACAAUUACUGGAUCUGGAUCUGAAAAAUCUGUUGAAGGUGCUGCUGUUAGAUUGGGUCACACCCGUUGUCCAAGUACCACCUCAAUGCAGAGCGCAUCUUCUGUUAUUUCAAGUUUGAGCUCUAGCGAUUCUGAUUCUGAUAUGGGAGUUGAAAAUGAUUCGGGAUUGGAGAGUGAAGAUCAGCCAGACAGAUUGGCUAAUCAAGCUGCUGAAAACUUUCGACGUCAUUUACGUGGUCUCCAUCGCAGUAUCAAGCGUAUGACCCAAGCUGCUGAAUAUCUCGCACUUAGAUAUCAAGCUGAUGUUGGUGGGCCCGUUUAA